CCGAGGCCGCCGCGCCAGGGAAGCCAAUAGGCGGGGACGUUACUGAGGGCUGGCGCGCUGCUCCGUGGCGCGCAAACCCGAGGGGUGGUGGCGGCCUCACGGGCGGGUCCGCUUUUGCGCUCUCGCUUCUCGCCCGAAGCUGCUUUGCUUGGUCUUCGCUGGCUGGCUGUUCGUUUAACGGCUGUAAAACUCCGUUACUGGACGUUAUUCGUAACGCCUGGGGCGGCGAACUGCACUCUUCCCCGGCAGACAGGCGGUGCCGUUUCUGUGGAGAGGCGGCGGUGAGCCGCCAGGCGCGGAGCCGCUUCCAUUUCACAGAAAAUGGAAGGCAGGUGAACGAAUGACGUUCUAAAGGCAAUAAAACCUCCACGUGUGUCGUCCCCGUCCCCCCUCCUUGCCGCCCCAGUUUCAGCAGUAAGGGGUGCGGAGGGCAGCCCCGCAGGGAAGAGACGUGCUUGUCCCCCAGCUCCGGCCCCUUCACGGCACUCGCUCGGGCAGCCCCGGUUCGCGCCACCACCCCAGGCAGCGAGCUCUGGAAAGGGGUAACGUCAAAGGCCCUUCCCCGCCUCAGGAGAGGCUUUGGCCGGCGCCAGCGAGCCGCGGCAGGCCCGCCCUGGGCGGCGGCAGGCGGGAAUGCCGAGCGGUUCCCUGACGGAGAAACCCAGUCAAGCCGCCGCUGCUGGGCCACUCCGCCUCGGUCAGGAGCAUCAAAGGCUGUGAGGGCCCGGUCGCGCCGCACCGCCCCUUCCGGCGACGAGAGGGCGUGCGGCGCGGCGGCGGCGAGCCCCGGCGGCAGCUGGCUGUUGCCGCGGCGCCGGUGUAGCUCCACUGCGGAGCAGAGAUGGCGGACGAGGCGCUCUUCCUGCUGCUGCACAACGAGAUGGUGGCGGGGCUGUACCGCGCUGCCGAGCAGGGCGAAGGGGAGAACGGCCGCUGCACCACCAAGCUGGAGAGCAUGGGCUUCCGCGUCGGGCAGGGGCUGAUCGAGAGGUUUACAAAAGAUACUGCCAGGUUCAAGGAUGAAUUAGAUAUUAUGAAGUUCAUUUGCAAAGAUUUUUGGACAACUGUAUUCAAAAAACAAAUAGAUAACCUGAGGACUAAUCAUCAGGGUAUUUACGUCCUUCAGGAUAACAAAUUUCGUCUCUUAACACAAAUGUCUGCAGGAAAGCAGUAUUUAGAACAUGCACCAAAGUAUUUAGCAUUUACCUGUGGACUAAUCAGAGGAGGCCUAUCGAAUUUGGGAAUAAAGAGUAUUGUAACAGCUGAAGUUUCAUCAAUGCCUGCAUGUAAAUUUCAAGUGAUGAUACAGAAGAUGUAGAGCACAUUCAAAUCUGGGUAUCUACCUUAAAAAUCCUUUGUGUGUGGAUGCAGUAUCUUGGUUCAGCUUUGUACAUAACUUGUAAAUUAUAGCAGUGUGCAGCACAAUUCCAAAAUAUAUAAUAAAUGUUCAUCAAAAUAACUUAACGCUAUCCUUGUAUCUUGGUAGGAAAUUUAUUCUAUACCAAGGUAUUGAUGUCCAUGUGGUAAAAACUGCCUGUUCAAAAGUUUUCAACAAGAUUUAAAUUAUCAAACCAGUACAUAUGGAAGACCAGGGACACCUUUUGAGAACAGAGUAAAAGCCUGAGCAAGGCUAAAUUAGAAUAAGUAACUAAUGUUUCUUCUGUCACCUAACAUGCCAAAAUGCUGCCUUUCUUUAUUCACUCUGAACUGUGAGGCACCAAUUGCUUUUCUAUUAUUCUGAGGAAGCCAUUAUCACAUGAACUGAGUGUCUUCAUUAAAGGUGUUAAGUUGGAGGUUUAGUUCCUUUGUAGGAAUAAUAUGAGCCAGUAGAAAAAAGAACUUAUUUCUACAUAGUUAAACAGUACCUCCUACGUCCCUAAAAUUAGCAGCUGUUUUUUUGGUGACAGAAUAAUUUUACAGCUAAAGUCAUCUACUACUGGCCAAAGAAGGAAAUUUGUUUUAGCUUGUUCAUAAAUUCAAUAUUAACAUAAUUGUUUUUAAUUGCUAGCUACAACUCACUUCUGUAGUGAGUGUGCAUAUGGGGUUUGUGUAGCAAGGUUUUGGUAGCGGGGGGCUACAGGGGUGGCUUCUGUGAGAAGCUGCUAGAAGCUCCCCCUGUGUCUGAUAGAGCCAAUGCCAGCCGGCUCUAAGACGGGCCUGCCGCUGGCCAAGGCCAAGCCCAUCAGUGAUGGUGGUAGUGCCUCUGGGAUAACAGAGUUAAGAAGGGGAAAAAAACAACAACUGGGCAACAAACUGCAGCCAGAGAGAGGAGUGAGAAGAUGUGAGAGGAACAGCCCUGCAGACACCCAGGUCAGGGAAGGAGGAGGAGGUGCUCCAGGCGCCAGAGCAGAGAUCCCCCUGCAGCCCCUGGAGAAGACCAUGGUGAAGCAGGCUGUCCCCCUGCAGCCCAUGGAGGUUGAUGGGGGAGCAGAUACCCACCUGCAGCCCGUGGAGGACCCCAUGCUGGAGCAAGUGGAUGCCCAAAGGAGGCUGUAAUCCCAUGGGAAGCUCGCGCUGCAGCAGGGUCCUGGCAGGACCUGUGGCCCCAUGGAGAGAGGAGCCCAUGCUCCCAGCAGGUUUGCUGGCAGGACUUGUGACCCCGUAGAAGGGACCCACGCUGGAGCAAUUUGUGAACAAAUGCAGCCUGUGGGAAGGACUCAUGCUGGAGAAGUUCAUGGAGGACUGUCUCCUAUGGGAGAAACCCCAUGCUGGAGCAGGGGAAGAGUGUGAGGAGUCCUCCCCCUGAGGAGGAAGGAGCGGUAGAGACAACGUGUGAUCAACUGACCACAACCCUCAUUCCACUGUCCCUCUCUGCCACCGGGAGGGAGGAGGUGGAGAAAAUCGGGAGUGAAAUUGAGCCUGGGAAGAAGGGCGGGCUGAGGAGAGGUUUUUAAGAUUUGGUUUUCUUUCUCAUUACUAGACUCUGAUUUGGCUGGUAAUAAAUUAAUUUCCCCAUGUUGA